GAAGAAAUAAAUACGAUAUUACAAUGUAAAACAACAUUAAAUCAAAAACUGAUCAGAAAUAAAGAAAUAUUAGAGGAAAUUUCUCGAAAAGUUACAAUAUGGAUUGAUACGAUAUUGGAUGAAUCCGAGAUCAAAUUGUUAGAAGAAAAUCUUCAAGAACUAGAGGAAGAGGAAGGACCUGUUUUGGAUUUAAUUGACGACUUAGUAGAGGAAGUUCUGAUUAUAUGCGUACCGCAUAAUCUCAUUAAGUCCACGGAAAAAUUAGCUGAAGAUGACUUAUUAUCUGAUUUAUCAAAGGAUAAAAGUAUGGAAGAACAAAUCAGUAAUAUUACCGAAAUAAAUAUAAAUGACUUAGUGAUAGAUCUUUACACUAAUGCAUUAGAAUACGCAGAACGGCAAAAAGAAACGCAGGAAGAUUAUUUCCUAACUGAGGGAAUUACAAACAUUCAGCAAUCGGUAGAUCUUCUUAGUAUAGGCAGUGAAAGCGAAUAUGUUUUAGAGGACUUUAGAGGAGAAUUAAAUAAACUAAUAGAUCAAAUAGUAGAUAGCUUAAUGAUUGGUGAUGAUCAGAUUGAAGAGGAAAAAUAUGUUGAUAGCGAAGAAGACGCGAUGGAAAAAAUUUCUGAACAUAAAGAAAAUACUAACAAUUUACUUCAAGCUUCGCAAGAUUCAGUAUUACAAGAACACAAUGCCAGUAUAAAUGAAGAAAUAAAUUUAACUGAACAGACAGAAACAUUUAAUGUAGAUUUGGAACAUAAAGGAGAUGACACGAUAAUUAAUGACUUAACGAAUGAGACAAUUGAAAACAAUAAAAUAGUUAAAGAAAUAAUUGAUGAUUUACUAAACACUGGUGUUUGGAGUUCCGAGCCAAAUGUAUUAGAUGAUAAUUACACAAAACCAAAUGAUACAGAAGUUGUUCAACAAGAAUUAUUAGAAAAUGAAACACAAUUGAAUAAUGAAUCAGAGAACAUACAAAAUGAAGCACCAGUAAAAGAUAACGAAAGUAAACAGGAAGGACAAGACUUAACACAAAUUAAUGACGAUGAACCUGAAGCUAUAAGUUUAUCUCCUAAAAUCAGUGAAAGGCAGCAAAUAGUGCAAGAUCUGUUGAUAACAGUUUUUGAAAACUUUGACCUCGAAUCUGCGCUUGAUGAAAACGAAGACAACAAAAAAGUAAAAUUUUCAGCUAUUGAUAUGGGUAUUGGAGUGAACAAAAAAUUGUUAACAAAAUUAAGUAGCCAACAGUUGAUAUUACAAAAACCGUCUAGUGAUUACUUAAAAUUUAACAUCGACUUCGCUCCACCCAAUGAAAAUUUAUUAUCUAAUGCCGAUGAAUCCUGGCCACAAAACAUUGCUCUACCUAUAAUUAAGAAUGAAAAUAAGAUAGGCACAGAAGAAACAAAUAAAAAGGGAAACGAUAAACCACAGCGUAAAAAUAUCGACAAGAAAAAGCAAAUCAAAAACAAAAUAAUUAAAAACGAAACGAAACAUGAUCAGAAACCCCGAAGCAUUGAUAAAAAAUCAAAAGAUACAAACGGAAAAAUUCGUAAUAAAUCUAUAGAGGUUUAUCGAAAACCUGAAAAGAAAUAUAUCAAGGCCAACAAUGACAAAGAUAUACCAAGAAAAGAUAAAAAGUUCCCGAAUAAAGAUGAAAAACCUAAUAAAACGGAUAGAAUAAAAGUUUCCGUUAACAAAAAAGAUAUUGCAAAGAAUAAAAUAAAUGAAAGCAAAGUUGGUAUUAAACAAAAGAAACAAUUCCAACCUGUAGUUAGCGUUAAAAAAGCGGAAUUAAUUACAAAACCUGUUGACGUAAUUUCCAAGGAAGACAGAGGCGAUGGUCUUAAAUACGAACAAAAAAGAGAAUCGUACUCAUGUGAAAAAUUCUUCUCGUCGGAACAAAAAACGAACUUAAAGCAGAAUGGUAUAAUAAAGAUAGAUACGUACGAUAUUUUAAAAUGGUGCAAAGGCUUAGAAAAUGUUAUUGAAAAUUUAGAAACGUGGAACUCUUGGGUGAAUUCUAUUUGCAAAUGUAUUACAUAUCUCAAACAAAAAGGAAGUUGCAAUAGUUUGAAAUCAAUCGAAAAAACUAGAAGUAAAUGGAAAAUGUUGCACAAAAAUAUUAAACAAGAUACAAUUUUAUGGAGGAACAUGAAACAGCGUAAUCGAGAUGGCUUAAAAAGCUAUAAAAAGUAUUAUCAUGAAAUUAAGAUUGGAGCAACAAAAUUUCAAACAUGUGACUGCAGCAACAAUUAAUAGACAAAAGUAAUAAACAAAUGAACAUUUA